AAAACAGUCGACUAACACCCUCUAGCCUGGUCCUCCGCCAAAUUUCCACGCAGGGCCUCCUCCCCAAGUGCCCCAGCCAGCUGCGACCUAUGGAUAUCCUCAAGGGCCGGCUUAUCCACCACAAGGCCCACCACCACAGUCGAUGCAAUAUCCAGCCCCGAUGGCGGCUCAACAAGUCCCCCCAGGGCGUAUACAACAGAGCAACCAAGCGUCAGGAGAAGAGGAAUGUUGCACAGGCCUUCUUUCGGCCUUUGCAUGUUGUUGCUGUCUCGAUCUGCUGUUAUGAUUAGUUGUCCUCCCCGGGAGGGGAGUAUAGUGGAAAUCAACAUGAACCGUUCAACCCAGCUAAUGGAAGGAUACGGACAAAACUUUUUCCUUUGAGCAGAGCUGGCCCGUUUCUGCCAGGCGAUGAAUCAUAUAUGUCAGUCAAUCAAUAAUCUUCACGAGUAUAGGUCUCAAGCCCGGUUUCUGGACCCAUAUAUCCAUCCACUUACUUUCUGUCGUGACCACAAUAUAGGAACUCACUACUCAAAUCAAACUAAACUUACAAAUACGUGCUAUGGGCUAUGUAUGAGGUACGAUGAGUGCGAGGCCGAGACCCUUGUUCAAUGUUCCAAUGUGCUAGUUAUGAAAGUCAAAAGGCCCAUCCUUCCGUACGCAAUAAAUCGAGUUGAUCACUACCCCGCACUAAGAGUAACAAGCACACCUCUAACCCAUAUGUUGGAAAAUGUUACGUCAAGUCACGCAAGCCCAGGAUGGCCAGUAUCAAUAUGUCAGCCUCGUCGUCAAGAAUCCUAUAGUAUACUUUGGACGUCUAUGGGAAAAGAGGAGCGCUUCGGUAGGUACUUGGCUCGUGCUUCUUGCCAAGGUUAGCGACUGAAGCAGUUUUUUCAGUUAAUGCCGGUGCGUAUAGCG